AUGGAAAUUAAUACUAAAGCUUUCACUCUUAUGUUGGUUCUUUUAUCGUUCUUUCAUCUUUCUUUAGUUUCUGAUAGUAAAAGUGUAAAUGGCUUCACUCUAGAUCUUAUGCAUCGUGAUUCUCCUCUUUCACCUUAUCACGAUCCAUCAAACACUCCAUUUGAACGCCUUCAAAAGGUCUUCCAUCGGUCAUUCUCCCAGGCUUCCUUUUUUGGGGGAAAAAGUGUUCCUUCAAUCCAAUCGACUCUUACACCAAACGAAGGUGAAUUCCUCAUGAAAAUAUCCAUUGGUACACCCCCAAUAGACACUUUUGUCAUUGCUGACACUGGUAGUGACUUGACAUGGACACAAUGUGAGCCUUGUGAUAAUUGUUUCAAACAAUUGACACCUAUUUUCAAUCCCAAGAAUAGCUCUUCAUAUAAAACUAUUGGUUGUCACAAUAAACUUUGUCAAAGGUCACGAUGUAACAAUAAUACAUGUAAUUAUUUAGUGAUUUAUGGUGACCUAUCUCACACUAGGGGUGAUCUUUCAAGUGAAACUUUCACAUUUGCUUCUAGUUCUGGUAAAAAUGUUUCAAUUCCUAACAUUGUGUUUGGUUGUGGACAUGACAAUGGUGGCUCAUUUACCAAUGUCACUUCUGGUAUCAUUGGCUUAGGUGGUGGUAAUGUCUCAAUUGUCAACCAAAUGCAUCAUGAAAUCAAAGGGAAAUUCUCUUAUUGUUUGAUCCCAUUGGAAUUAUUGUUAGAUAGUUCCAAUGCAACUAGUCACAUCAACUUUGGUGACAAUGCUAUCGUGUCUGGUCCUGGCAUCAUUUCAACUCCCAUCUAUAAAAAGGAAUCACCUACAUUCUACUAUCUAAAUUUGAAAGGUAUCAGCAUUGGAAACAAGACGUUAGAAUUCAAAUCUUCUUCGAUUUCUCAACCCGGUUAUGAUCUAGGCAACAUUGUAAUUGAUUCUGGCACAACGUCAACCUAUGUGCCUGAUGGUUUUUACUUGAAUUUGGAAUCAUUGUUGAUGCGUUCGAUCAAUGCUACUAGGAAGGAUGAUCCUUUUAAGAGACUUGAUUUGUGUUAUGCGUCAAAUGAGAAUGGUACUAUUGAUGUUCCAAAGAUUGUUGCACAUUUUACAAAUGCAGAUUUAGAGUUGUUAACUUCAAACAUUUUUACACAAGUGGUGGAAGGUAUAGUUUGUUUGACAAUAGUGCCAGGAGGAUCAAAUCAAAUUUCUAUACUUGGAAAUUUGGCACAAGCCAAUUUUCUAAUUGGAUAUGAUCUUAUGGCCAACAAAGUAUCCUUUAAGCCUACAGAUUGCACCAAGUACUAA